GCGUGGAAUGAGCAGAUGCAGAAUCUGGCAGUCACACAGAGAAUGUCUGAAUACAGCUCGAUGUUGAGUGAUCUGUCUGAGAACAUCACUAAUGAAGACCUGGAGCAGCUGAAGUCGGCCUGUAAGGAGGACAUCCCCGAAGACCAGAGCAACUCCAUCACCUGCUCCAGAGACUGGUUCAGUUACCUGGAGAACAAUGACAAACUGGCACGAGAUGACCUGUCCUACAUAGAGCACAUCUUUGAGAUCUCGCGGCGGCCGGACCUCUUGACCCGGGUCAUCGAGUACCGCACGACCGUGCUGAAGAUCUCCGAAGACGACGAGAUCGACACCAAACUCACACGCAUCCCCUCGGCCAAGAAAUACAAGGAUAUCAUUCGCCAACCGUCAGAGGAUGAGAUUAUCAAACUGGCCCCUCCCCCCAAAAAAGCAUGAGGUCAAAGUUCAUGACCUCUGCUCCUCAUCCCCGGCACUUCAUCUUGCCCAUCAUCGUCACCAAGCCACGCCCACUGCCCCGCCCACUCCACC